CUUCAUGUUACAGCCACCUACGUACUCCUUCCUUUUUAUUUCAAAAUUGUCUUCUUCUCUUUUCUUCCAUUUUUGAACUUCAAGGAAGCUUUCAAUCACAAAACCUUCAACUAUAAAGUUGUUUCACUACUUGAAAGGAAUACAAAGAGCUAAUGAUCAAUAGUUGAGAAUAAAACAGUAUUUUUGGAAAGCAACUUGGCAUUCAUUUCCUUUCAAAAGCGGUUGAGAUUAUGGAAGACAGCGCUUACUUCUCAAAUGCAAGUUGAAGUUGAAUUCCCUUUCUUUCCUUUCUAUUCAUUAUAAUCUCCAACCAAAUAAGGAAAAUUUGGUCAUAGCAAUAAAUACUUUGACAGUAUUAUAAGCAUAGUUUGCACCUCAACUCCAUUAUUGUUGCAAUGCUAAUCCAGGCGUAUCCUCUGGCUUCUAUAACCAGAAGCACAUCCACACCAAAACCCAUCCACCCUUAUCAUCUAUCUACUUAGAUAGUGCACAAACGUAGCUUAAAAAUAAAAUAAACUGAUGGAUAACAACACAAUAGUAUUCUGUCUGUUCUUUUUAGUCUCCUUCAUGAGAGCAAGCACUUCACUUGACAGUUUAGCCGUUAAUCAAUCCAUCAAAGAUGGCGAAACAUUAGUUUCAGCAAAUGGAACUUUUGAAAUGGGUUUCUUCAGCCCUGGAAAAUCAAGAGGUCGAUAUUUAGGUAUGUGGUACAAGAAUUUAACCCCUGUAACCGUUGUCUGGGUAGCUAACAGGGAAACACCAGUGCACAAUAAUUCAGGAAUCUUAAAACUCAAUGAAGAUGGAACUCUUGUGAUUCUCAAUGGCACAAACAACACCAUUUGGUCCUCCAACACGACAACGAAAGAAGCGAAAAAUUCAAUAACUGCACAGCUCUUGGACACGGGAAAUCUUGUGUUGAAAAUUAGGCAUGAUAAUAUUUUGUGGCAGAGUUUUGAUUAUCCAAGUGAUACAUUAUUACCUGGAGUGAAGCUUGGAUGGAACUUAGUUACUGGUCUUAAUAGGGUUCAAUCGUCAUGGAAAAGUGUAGAUGAUCCAGCAAUGGGAGAUUAUACUAGUGGUGUUGACCUCAGAGGAUAUCCUCAAGUAGUUAUUAAAAAGGGAUCUGUCAUAAGAUUGAGAAUAGGAUCAUGGAAUGGACGUGCUUUUACUGGAUAUCCAACACAACCAUUGAAACAAAAGCAAAAAUUUGAAUUUUUUCAGAAUUCUAAAGAAGUGUAUCAUACCUAUGAAGUCGUUGAUAGCUCGGUUGUUUGCAUAUACAAACUAUCACUUUCAGGAAAUUUGCAGGCUAUAGCUUGGACAAAUCACUCAAGCAAUAGGAUAAUUAUCUACACUGGCGCGGAAGAUUCAUGUGAUAAUUACGCUAUGUGUGGUGCUAAUUCUGUAUGCAAUAUGAAUGGAAAUGUUCCUAAAUGUGAAUGCUUGAAAGGUUAUGUUCCUAAGUUUCCUGAUCAAUGGAAUAUAUCAUAUUGGUCUAAUGGUUGUGUUACAAAAAUUAAAUCAGUUUGUGGAAACAAUAACACAAGUGGUUUCUUGAAAUAUGGAGAAAUGAAAUUGCCAGACACGUCUUCAUCAUGGUAUAAUAAGAGUAUGAACCUUGUGGAAUGUCAAAAGUCAUGUAUGAAAAAUUGUUCUUGUACAGCUUAUGCAAAUAUGGAUAUCCGAAGAGGAGGUAGUGGUUGUCUUCUUUGGUUUGACGAUCUUGUUGACAUGAGACUAAUUUCUCAAUGGGGACAAGACCUCUAUAUCAGAGUCCCUUCUUCAGAAUUAGACCACGUCACUGUUGAUGUCCCUAGAAGCAAGAAGAAACUGUUGAUGCGGAUCAUAAUUGGCCUGAGUAUUGUUGGAUUUUUCACAUUUGGCUGCAUAAUAAUAUUUAUAAGGAGAGUGACAUUAUUUCAACGGGGGCAAGUAUAUUCUAAAUUGAGAAAGGAAGACGUGGAUUUGCCAAUGUUUGAAUUUUCCGCCCUUGUUAAAGCCACUAAUAACUUUUCUAGCGUAAAUAAACUUGGGGAAGGUGGAUUUGGACCGGUGUAUAAGGGCACAUUAAUAGAUGGGAAGGAGGUAGCCAUAAAACGUCACUCAAAGAUAUCAGAUCAAGGAUUGGAGGAGUUUAAAAAUGAAGUUGUGUUGAUUGCAAAACUUCAACACCGUAAUCUUGUGAAGCUUCUUGGUUGCUGCAUUCAUAGAGAGGAAUUGUUGUUGAUAUACGAAUACUUGCCCAACAAGAGCUUAGACUACUUCAUCUUUGAUGAAUCUAGAAGCAAGCUCUUGGCUUGGCCUCACCGUUCCCACAUUAUUGUCGGCAUUGCUAGAGGACUUCUAUAUCUUCAUCAAGACUCUAGACUUAGAAUUAUCCAUAGAGACUUGAAAACCAGCAAUAUCCUAUUAGAUGCUCAUAUGAAUUCAAAAAUCUCGGACUUUGGCUUGGCUCGGACAUUUGGGAGCGAUCAAGUUGAAGCCAAAACGAAAAAAAUGAUUGGAACGUAUGGUUACAUGCCGCCAGAGUAUGCUGUACAUGGUCGUUAUUCCAUGAAAUCAGAUGUGUUUAGUUUUGGCGUAAUAAUACUAGAGAUAAUCAGUGGAAAUAAGAUUAAGGGGUUUUAUGACUCGGAGCACUCUCUCAAUCUUCUUGGACAUGCAUGGAAACUCUGGAAUGACAACAUGCCACUUGAAUUGCUAGAUACACAUUUAUUUGAGAUGUGUGUUUCUUCUGAAGUCAUACGAUGUAUACAUGUUGGGUUAUUGUGCGUACAACAAAAUCCUGGAGAUAGGCCUGACAUGUCCUCUGUCAUUCUUAUGUUGAAUGGUGAGAAACUAUUGCCUCAACCGAAGGCUCCUGGAUUUUAUACUCAAAGUAGUUCACCUGAAACCAUGUCCCCCUCUUCAAAUCAGAUGUCACUUACAGAUUUUGAGGCCAGGUAGAAUAUGAAGAAUCAAACCAUUAAAAUGUAUAUAUUAAUAUAGUAUUGAAUACUUAAUGUUGAGACAUAACAUGUGAAUAUCUUUUACUUUUUUGUAUUGAUUUAUAACUUACUUUUUUUUUCACAAGAUCUAUAACUUACUUGAACUAGUUUUACGUUGAAGGUCAAAUGUGUAUCUUA